AUGGUAAGAACGGAGAGGAAGGAUUGGUCGAGUAAGUUGGAUGAUGCAUUGUGGGCAUACCGAACGGCCUACAAAACUCCAAUCGUCACAACACCUUACCGGAUGGUGUAUGGAAAGGGUUGUCACUUGCCGAUGGAGUUAGCGCAUCGUGCAUAUUGGGAAAUCAAGACGGUAAAUGCAGAUUACAAUGAAGCGGGAAAGAUAAGAAAGUUGCAAUUGAGUGAAAUCGAAGAACUUAGAGAUGAGGCAUAUGAGUAUGCAUUGGCUUACAAAGACAAGCUCAAGAAAGUACACGAUGCAAAAUUGAGGAAGAAAACCUUUGAAGUGGGAAAGGUUUGGUUGUACAACUCAAGACUCAAGAUGUUUGUGGGCAAGCUUAAAAGCAAAUGUGAUUGGGCCCAUAUGUCGUUCGGCGAGUUGGGAGGUUUGGUGAUGUUCCAAGAUGAGAAAACGAACAAACAACAAACGGUGAAUGGACAUCGCUUGAAGCCAUACUUGGAGGGGAACGACAUAAACAACUUGGAACUUGACAAAGUGGGCUACAUUCUACGCUCAGUCGAUGAAGAACAACCAUAA